AUGCAAAGCAGCAUAGACCCGGACUUGCUUAUUGCAGACGAUUCCCGCCAAGGCGAACACGACUCCAAGGUCGGUAUACGCGCGGAACCUCGGACGGCUUAUCCCGACUACGGCGGCCAGAUCUUCCAUGGUCUCUCGCCUCCGCCGAGCGCGCGUGAGACCGCAUUGGGAGGUGGCGGUGGCGGCGGUGGCGGGGAGACACUGCAUGGAUACGGAGGCGGAGAAGAAGGCAGAGCUUUAGGCCCAGGAGAGUAUCGGAGAGCAGGAGACGAGCGGGAAGGGUAUGAUUUCAAGAUACCGCCGACGCCGGUGAGCGGUAGCGGGGCCGGAGCGAGCGAGACCAAGAAGGAGGGGAAGGAGAAGGGGUCAAAGAAGAAAGGCCAGGCGAAAGAGGGGGCGGAGAAAGUCAAGCGGACGAGGCAGAGUCAGAGCUGCGAUCCUUGUCGAGCUCGCAAGGUCAAGUGCGAUCAACCGCCCCCUGAUGCAGAGAAGGACUCGAGGGGCAGAGUCCCAUGCUCGCACUGCGUACAGCUGCACCUCGACUGCACGUAUGAAUACCGACCCAAGAAGCGAGGACCGCCGAAUCUAUACGUCAAGCGCUUACAAGCGGAGCGGACUGACUCAAACGAUGAAAGCGGCCCUUUUGACAACUACCCCACUCCAAUCAUGUCAAAUACACACUUCCCCGUCGAUCGGGACCGCUCGCCCCCGCUCGCACAUCGCGAGCUGCUGCACAAUCCAGGCCUUCACCCUGCGAUGUCAAGCUCGUAUGCGUACCCUCCUCCAGAGGGGUACCACCCGCCCAGCGGACCAGGCGGGACACUGAGCAGCCAAAACUCAUAUGGCGGCUCGGCACUCGCUCCGCCCGGCCAAGGCCACCCGAACUACAUGGGCAAGAAUAUCACGUCAGUAUGGGACGAGACACUGCACCGUGCGGUGGCGGCGACCAGCUCAUCCUCCUCACAUCGCCCGUACAGCCCCGAAGACCGGUUCGGCGGCGGCUACUCUGAGCGGGAGGCGCCGCGGUAUUCUGCCGGUCUAUCGCCCAGCCUCCCAACGUCUACCCUCACACCCCGCGGUCCACCGAAUCAGCGAUAUCAGCUCUCCCCUUCCUUCUCUUCUCCGCAGUAUCCACACCACCCGUCCAAUCCCACCAACAUACUCGAUCAGGUACUCCCGCGCGGUCUGCUCCUGCACGUCGUCGACCUGUAUUUCGACUAUAUCUACGCGCUUAUCCCCGCCAUCCAUCGUCCGACGUUCAUGCGCGAUCUGGCGAACCAUCGGGAGGACCGCGAAGGCGAAGAAGAAUGGACGCAUAUGGUGUUGAUCCUGGUGGCGGCGACGCUGGUACAGGUGCCAAGAGCGUUUGUGCCGCUCCCGAGAAGCGAAGUCAAGGCGCUCGCGGAGCAUUGUUAUCAGCUUACAAGGGAGUUCCAGAGUAAGGACUGGCAGUCGGUCAGCUUGGAGCGAUUAACGACGGGUUACUUGGUAUUUAUUACAGCUAAUUUCCUGGGCUACCAUUAUGUCGGGUGGUCCCUCUGCGGCGCAAACACUGCGACUCUGAUCCGCUUGAAAUUGCACCAGGAAUCCACCUACGCGAAUAUGCCGCCCAUCGAGCGAGAGUUCCGCCGCAGGCUUUUCUGGCUGGCAUUUGGGAGCGACCGCUCGACUUGUGCGGUCGAUGGGCUUACCACGCUCUUUGCGGAGGACGAGUGCGAUGUCGAGUUGCCCAGCGAGCUGGAUGACGAGUACAUCACGGAAGAUGGAUACCUUGAGCAACCGCCUGAUACCGUCCCCCUCAUCACUGGGUUCAACUACAUAUCCAAGAUCUUCCGCCUAUCUGGUCAAGUCAUGGUCCGUCGUCGACAAGAUAGAAGAUCCCCGCCAUCGGGCAUCAUGCUCCAGAUGCGCCUUACCGAGGUUUCGGACCUCUACGAUCAGAUCAUGUCGAUGAUGGAUGAUUGUCCCGAAGCGCUGCGUCUCGACUGGGAUAGCGAUACUCGAUCCGUAGCGAACUUCUCGGAAGAUUGGGACGCUCACGCUUCGGCCGACAUUCGGAGCUUAUUCUUUGACCCGAAAGCGAGCAGGGCGGUCGCGAAGGAUGCGUUCUUGGUCCAGCAGGCGAAUAUCUAUGUGACUCAGCAAAUGGUCCGUUAUAUCACCCUCCAGUACCGGGACGACCUCCUAGCGCUCCGCCAGACCGAGCUUGUUGCCGCCAACAACACAAGGGAACCCAGUCUCGGCCCGCGUCGGCAGAGUAACAACAGCGCCAGGCGGGAUUGGAGCCGUGCGAUGUUCAGCGAGCAGCAAAAGGAUCAGGUGGCGACUGAUUUGUUGGGGAUAUUGCAGAAGAUCCCGAUUCAGGUUAUUGCGGUCAACUCGGCCCCGCUUGUUGUCAAGGUCCGAUUUGUCGCUUCGACGCUGCUUGACGCUCUCACGGCGCCUUCGCCGAGUUUGCCGAAUCCGACGGGUGAGCAGGCAAGGGCGGAGACAAGGACACAAAAGGCUCAGGGGUAUCUCUGGGAUUUCUUGCGGAUCUUGAGCGAGAUUGAGGCUUUGUAUAGUUUUGAGGAGAAUACGGGAGGUGGGGGCGGAGCGGAGGGGCCGGUGGUGUGA